AAGCUACCAACCAACACAUACACCAGAUUCUCACCAACAGAGGAAAAAAGCUUCUACUAUAAAGCACACAUCUUCUUCUUCAUCUCUCUUUCGCUCUCAGAAUCCUCUUUUAAGUCUCUGUUUCAUAAAUAAAACUAAUAAAGAAGAAGAAGAAAACAGAGCAAUUAAAGUCCUUAAAUCUUCUUCUUCUCCAAUUCAAUGGCUCUUCCGUUGCCAUUGAUCUUCCUUAUCUUCUCUCAUUUGUUCGUUUCUGGAGUUAGAUCAACGAGCUUCAUUAUGGUGAACAAAUGCGAAUACACAGUCUGGCCUGGACUUUUAUCAAACGCCGGAGUUCCACCACUUCCGACGACCGGAUUCGUUCUCCAAAAAGGCGAAGAACGAACAAUCAGCGCUCCAACUUCAUGGGGAGGAAGAUUCUGGGGGAGAACUCAAUGUUCCACCGACACCGACGGAAAAUUCACUUGUCUCACCGGAGAUUGCGGAUCUGGUACCCUCGAAUGCUCCGGAUCCGGAGCAACACCACCAGCAACACUAGCGGAAUUCACACUAGACGGAUCUAACGGACUCGAUUUCUACGACGUUAGUCUCGUCGACGGUUACAACGUCCCGAUGCUAGUGGCUCCACAAGGAGGCUCGGGUUUAAACUGUAGCAGCACCGGAUGCGUUGUAGAUCUGAACGGUUCGUGUCCGUCGGAGCUUAAAGUGACGAGUUUAGACGGCAGAGGUAAACAAUCCAUGGGAUGUAAAAGCGCGUGUGAAGCUUUUCGUACGCCGGAGUAUUGUUGCAGCGGCGCCCACGGUACACCUGACACGUGUAAACCGUCGUCGUACUCGUUGAUGUUUAAAACUGCGUGUCCACGUGCUUACAGCUACGCUUACGAUGAUCAGAGUAGUACCUUCACAUGUGCUGAAUCUCCUAAUUACGUUAUCACGUUUUGCCCUACUCCUAACACCAGUCAAAAAUCAUCUCAAGAUCAGAGCCCAGAUCCCAAACCGACGACACCAACCGGGACGUCGUCGACAACUCCUGCCGGAGAUAGUAGUACGACGUGGUCACCGGUAGAUACAUCAAUGAUAUACGAAGGAGCUUUGGAUCAAAACAAAGGAUCACCGUCCACGUGUCAUCUUUCGUUAUGUGGAAUCACAGUCACACUUGCGCUGGCCUUUUGUCGGAUGUGGCGGCUCUUUUGACACCUAACUUUGUCUCCCGCGUAAAACACUGAAGAAUGUGGGCCCUCACUGACGAAAGCCUUAUCUCGUUCCGGCCCAUGUGAACCGGUUAUUCCCGAACGACGUCGGAUUGGGUCAGAGUUGAGAAAAAAAGUUAACAACACCCUACAGUUACGAAAAUAUCCUUCAUUCAUGUUCAUGGGAGAAUUCUUAAUUUGGGUGAGGAACACGUGGGCAAGAAAGUGGGCUGCUGGUGGAGUUCAUAAAAGAUGGGAAUGUUUAAUUGUAAGGUCAGAAUAUUUAUUUGAUUUAUAAUGUAACUAGGAUUAGAAGAAUAUUAUGUACACUAUAUAAAGCAGUAAUCUAUUUAGUUUAAAGCUAUAUAUUGGAAACUAUUGGUGGGAAUAUUUCAUUUAAUUGUUAUCUGCUGAUGCUGCGUUGGCCAUUCGGAACAUUGAAAUGAAUAAUACUAAUAUUCAUUUCAUGGUCUUGUCCCAACUACUGUAUUUAAUAAUAAUUUGACUUUACAAGCCGC